AUGACUACUUUUUAUCCAACAGUUGUUCCAGUAAUCAAACAAGUUAAAAUGAUUACUAAAGAAGUUAUUGCUUUAUCAGAAGAUGUAAAUUAUCUUUUAAAAAAAGUAACAAAUGAAUUUACUUAA